CUUAUCCUGGUAGUAAUGCAGUGUUCAGAGCACUUUCGAGACUUUUUUGUUUUGAAUUUGGAGGCAGAGUCUUGCUCAGCUACCUCUAACUUGGGAUUGUCCUGCCUCAGCCUGCUGACUAGCUGGGAUUACAGGCAUGUGUUCCUGUGCCCAGCCAUUUUAGAGAUUAAUAAAGAAUCUACGCUAGGAAACAACAGCGAGGAUACAUUUUCCGCGGGUUUUACUGAAACCUUCACUGCUGUGCUUAGAGUUUCUUCCUGUGUUAAUUCUCUCCUCUGCUCUGAAGAGCAGACUGCACAGGAGCGGAGGGGACUGUACUCAGAGGCGCCUGUCACGGACCGCAGGGCCUCCUGUCCCCGUGGGGGCUCCGGGUCAGGUCUCUGGGUCAGCAGGAGGCCAAGCGCUGGCUGGCUGUCAGCUACCUUUGUGCUUGUCCAGCCCGACGACCGAGGUACGAUUGACGAUGUCCCUGUGCUGAGAGUGACCCGCCGGGGGGCCGAGGCCGAGCACUUCACAGUGACACCGCUGGCCCCCGGGAGCCAGGUGCGCGUCUGCGUGGACUGGGAGCGGCGCUUUGAUCACAUGCAGCAGCACUCGGGGCAACAUCUCAUCACCGCAGUUGCUGAGCAUCUGUUUGGACUGAAGACAACCUCAUGGGAGCUGGGGAGGCUGCGGAGCGUGAUCGAGCUGGACAGCCCCUCUGUGAGUGCCGAGCAGGCGGCCGCCAUCGAGCAGUGCGUGAAUGAGAAGAUCCGCGCGCGGCUGCCCGUGAGCGUGCGCGAGCUGAGCGCCAACGACCCCGAGGUGGAGCAGGUGCGGGGCCGGGGCCUGCCAGACGAUCACGCCGGGCCGGUGCGCGUGGUGACCAUCGAGGGCGUGGAUGCCAACAUGUGCUGCGGGACCCACGUGAGCAACCUCAGUGACCUGCAGGUCAUCAAGAUCCUGGGCACGGAGAAGGGGAAGAAGAACAAGACCAACCUGCUCUUCCUGGCCGGGCAGCGCGUGCUGCAGUGGGUGCAGCGGAGUCACGCGACUGAAAAGGCUCUGACCGCGCUGCUCAAGUACAUCCUGUCCCCGUCCCAGGGCGCCCUGUCAUGCCUCCUGCCGGUGACCGUGCUGUCCCCUCCAUUCCAGAACAACCUGAACCUGCUCAGAGACCUGGCUGUGCACGUGGCUCGCAGCCUCAGGGCCAGCCCCGACUGGGGCGGGGUGGUGGCACUGCACAGGAAGGACGGCGAUUCUGAGUUUAUGAACAUCAUCGCCAAUGAGGUUGGGGCCGAGGACACCCUCCUGUUCCUGACUGUGGGCGACGAGAAGGGGGCCGGGCUCUUCUUACUGGCCGGGCCCCCCGAAGCCGUGGAGACCGUGGGACCCAGGGUAGCCGAGGUCUUGGAAGGCAAAGGAGCGGGAAAGAAAGGCCGCUUCCAGGGCAAGGCCACCAAGAUGAGCCGGCGUGCAGAGGUGCUGGCGCUGCUGCAGGACUGCGUGGGCUCUCGGGGCUCGGAGGCCUGAGUGGGGUGCCGGCCCCACCUGGCAGUGCAGCUGGCGCCACAGGCUGUGCUGCCUGAGUCAGCGCUGGCUCCUCCCGCAGGCUCCUGUGCGUCCACAGUCCUCCUCCUUUCUCUGCUCCUGGGGACUGAACUCAGGGCCUCGAGUAUACCGGGCCAGUGCUCGACCAAUGAGCUCUACCUGCUGCGUCCGUCUCUCUUGUUUUUCAGGACUGGGACUGAACCCAGGGCCUUUGUACUGAGCUAUGUGUUCAGCUUAUUUAUUUUUUUGUUUGAGACAGUAUUGCAGAUCACUUAGCUGCCCAGCCUAGUCUUAAAUUUGUGAUACUCCUGCCUCAGCCUCCUGUAAUGAUGGAGUCACAGGUGUGUGCCACCAUGCCAGGCUUCAGGCCUCUCUGAUGAUGGCACUAAUCACAUUCAUGAGGACUGGCCUUGUGCCAUAAUCACCUGUUAGAAGCCCCACCUGACAGAGAGUUCACCAGACAUGAUCAAAAUGUGGGGAAUGCUGCUGCUGCUGUUGCGUGCUCAUGAAGACAUCAGUGUCCCCCUCCACCCUACGGAGGUGCACUUCCCCUGCUGGCUCUUCCCAGCUCCAGCACGUUCAUGGAAGGGAGCCGUCUGGAAUCCACUCAGGACAUCGAGGCAGCAGGACACGCGGGAAAGAGGACUCUAGACCUGCUGCAGAAAGUGCAGAGCAUGAGUGUUGACGCGGGAGGAGGAUUUUGAGGGCAUUCAUGGUACUGUCUCAGUAAAAUUUUUUCACGGUACUUGUGGAUCACA